UGGCCAAUGGCACUAGAUCCUCCCUGCAGUGCGUAACAGCGCAAUUUAGGAUUUAACCAAGUCUUUGCUGCGGGGCUUAAAGCAGUCUUCAAGAGAGACGCUUGCACACACAAUGUUAGUGUAGACUCUGUGGACCCCUAUAGAGUUAGUCUGCCUUUUUUACGUUGUCUUAUCCAAACUAUGACUGGAGUAUUCGACAGAAGGAUUCCGAGUAUUAAACCUGCAGAUUUUCAAAACGCUUUGCAGCUCUCUACGAUGCAUCAUCCGUCUCAGGAAUCUCCAACCCUACCGGAGUCGACAGCCACGGAUUCUGGCUAUUACAGCCCUGCUGGAGGAGUUCAUCAUGGCUAUUGUUCACCGAACUCGGGCACGUAUGGGAAACCUCUUAAUGCCUAUCAGUACCAAUACCACGGAGUCAAUGGAACUUCUGGAAAUUACCCUGCAAAAUCCUACCCUGAUUACGGCUCCUACUCCACAGCAUAUCACCAAUAUGCCGGAACAUAUAAUAGGGUGCAGUCACAACCGAGCCCACCCGAAAAAGAAACAGCCGAGCCCGAAGUGAGGAUGGUCAACGGUAAACCCAAGAAAGUCCGGAAGCCCCGCACCAUCUACUCCAGUUUCCAGCUCGCUGCUCUACAGAGGAGGUUUCAGAACACGCAGUACCUCGCGCUUCCAGAGAGAGCCGAGCUCGCCGCGUCGCUGGGGCUCACACAGACACAGGUGAAAAUUUGGUUCCAGAACAAGAGAUCAAAACUAAAGAAGAUCAUGAAAAACGGCGAGCUGCCUCCAGAACACAGUCCGAGCACCAGUGACCCGAUGGCGUGUAAUUCACCGCAGUCUCCCGCGGUCUGGGACUCACAGGGUCCUCAGAGACCUCACCAUCAGCCGCAAAAUAUUAUCACACCGACAUCCCCGUUUCUGGAAAGCGCCAGCUCUUCCUGGUAUUCCUCCACCGGGGCAAUGAAUUCUCACAUUCAGGCACCCGGCACGUUACAGCACUCGUUGGGACUCGGAUCAGGAACGUUGUACUGAAAUUGGUUUAUUAUUUUAUUGUAUAUUGGACUGUUGUUCUUUUUUUUUUUUUUUUUUUUUUUUUUUUUGAGGAAUAUGCAAUGUAUCGAUAUGGCAGUCCUAGAAGAACGUGUAUAAUGUGUAAAUUGUGUGCAUGUUUGUAAUUUAUUGCAUUUUGAAGAAUUAUUAAAUGUUUUAAAUGGACAAUGGACCCAAACAUUCUGAAUGGUGCCUUGAAUUUUGACCUCAACGCGUACAUCCGACGAUGUGCCAAAACAUUAAGGACAACCCCAAAAUAAAUGUGUUUUUCUUUAAUUAGCAAACAUUUUGUCUUCUUUAAGUUAAUUUAUAAAUCAAAACACAUCGAUGCACCGAGCACUUUGUUUGGCUUUAGAGCCUUUGUGAAAUGCUGUUUGCUCGACUUUUCUGUGUUUGGUAAAGGGACUUGUAAAGGGACAGAAAUUUUAAAUGGAAUUUGAGUAAAUUAUAUUGUAUUAACAUUU